AUGUGCACUAUCUUCGAUGAUUUGUCUGAUCUGUCAAUAAUUGAAAUAUUUUCUUAUCUAUCUUGCGUAGAUGUUUUAUGGUCAUUUAGUAAUCUCAGUACUCGUCUAACAACAUUAUUAAUUGAACAAAAUUUUUAUCAUCAUGUUAAUUUAUCAUCUACUCGAUAUUUUCAAUUUCAAACAUUUUUAUCUUUACUUCAAUUAAAUGAAAUACAAUCACUUGUUAUUGACUGUUAUGCAUCAUCUCUUCAGUUGAGAAUUUGGCCUUAUUUACCAAAUUUGAGAACAUUAACAGUGAAAGGUGUACGAGAUUUUGUUGAUAUUUUUAAUUUUGCACAACGACAUGCUAAUACAUUAACAAAUCUUGUAGUUAAAUCAAGUGACUAUUUUCAAACAAGUGGUAUAACCAAAGAAUUGAGUUAUCCAUCAUGGAAUGUAAUGGAAUUUGUCACUGAAAUUUUUAAUCAUCUGCCUGCUCUUCGGUCACUUGAUCUGGGAAUGGAACCAUCUUUUUUCUUACAUCGUUGGCCUUUUCAAACAAUACAGACGCCAUUAAUCAAUUUGACUAUUACACUUGUUGGAACACGUGACUUGUUGCUUAUUAUGUCAACUAAACCGUUAGCACAUACAUUACAACAAUUACACAUCACAAUGAGUGAUAUAUCUGAUAAUUUAAAUCAUAGACCACAUAAUAUAAAUCUUUUACCUCGAAUGGAAAGAUUACACACAUUUACUUUUGUCAAAUCAUACGAUUGGCAUCGUGCUGAAGAAUGGACAUUUCUUGAUAGUUUGACUUUCUCUAGUAUUAUGCCUAUUUUACGACGAAUCAAUUUCUCUAUUGUUAUUGAUGCUGAUGAUCUUAUACGAAUGAAUCGUUCGGCACUCUUCACAGAUAUUCGUCAUAUUGAUGUUCAUUAUGCUUUCAUGAUUAACGAUGAUCGAUCACAUAUAGAACUUCGUAAAUAUUUACCAUUCAAUAAUCAAUCUUAUUCUCGCCCAAUAGCCAGUGCAACAUUUAUUUCUGGAUGUUGGCCCGAUAAUCAACCAUUUAGAACUCCAGGCCAAUCUUAUUCGAAUAAACUCAAAAGUCGCCAACAUCUAUUCUAUACCUUACCAUGGAUUUUUAAUGAAUUUUUUCCAUUAUGUGUUCCAGAUAGAUGUAUUAGUGAAAUAGAAGUGUUUACAUCGUCUUCUCCAAUUAAUAAAUUACAUUCUUCUCGUCUUAUUAAAUUGAAUAUGUCAGACAAUCUUCCAUCAUCUACUACUUUCUUCUCUCAAAUUAUGUCUCCAAAUAAAAUAGUCGAACUUCAUUUAUUACGAUGUAAUAGACAAGUUUCUGCGAAUUUACCGAAUCUUACUAAUCUUAUUCUUACUGACAGUCUCGAUUCAUUGAAUACUUGUUUAUUUUCAAGAAAUAUUCGAUCUAUUCAAAUUACUCUUCAUCAUCAAUCUUUUCGUUAUACACCUGUUGAUUGGAUUGCAUUAUCUACACUCUCAAAUUUACCAUUGUUGAGUUCCUUACGGAUACUUUUGUAUGCUAUGUAUAUUUCUCCAGACGAUACAAGUUGUGAGCACAUUGCAAAAACAGCAAUAAUGGUCUCUGACUUUUCUUUUUGCUUUCGACGUCGUUAUUAUCAAGGUGCUUAUGAUAUUAAUUUAGUAUAUACAAAACAUUCUUUAUUCAUUGAACAACUACGAAAUCGCAUUGUUGCUUUAUCACUAAAUAAAGAACCAUAUGUUGUUGUUGACGAAGAUGGUUGUGGACUUGUUAUAUGGUUUUGA